AUGUAUCUAAUGUUUUUAUUCUGUAUUGUACUGCUGUACAAUUCUGUAAAAGCGGACAACAUAUCGUCUCGCAUCUUCGAUGGACUGGACGCAUCGAUAGAGGACUUUCCAUUCAUAAUAUCGUUGAGAAGAAACAACAGCCACAGUUGUGGUGGAAGCAUUCUCACGAAUAACUGGAUGAUGACGGCUGGCCAUUGUUUCAAGAAGUUAACCGCUGGCGUUGAUAUCCUCUCUGUUCAGGUUGGGAGGACAGAAAUAUCCAAAAGUGUGGACUCUUCGGUCUACGCAGUUGAUCGGUUCGUUGUGCAUCCGGAGUACUCGCAAAGUAAAGUCAACAACGAUAUUGCUCUGAUCAAGUUGAAGAGUCCGCUGACGUUCUCGAAGCUGGUACAGCCAGUCACACUGCCUCCGGUAUGCUAUGAAGUUAAAAAUCCAAAGCAGGAAGUGACGGUGAUCGGUUGGGGAGUAACCAACGAAGGUCAUCUGUCUAAAACUCUACAACAGCUGAACUACCACAUCGUUCCGCAUCGUAAAUGCAAUCGACAGUACAAGAAUCGGAUUUUAUCGACGCAAAUCUGUACCGCUUCUCCCGGACCGUUCAAAGGAGACUCCGGUGGCCCCCUGAUGCACCAAGGAUUACAAGUGGGCAUUGUUUCGUGGGGUCGCGAUCCGCUGCCAGGAGUUUUCACCAAGGUGUCACAUUUUAUCAGAUUUAUCUACAUGUACACCGAUCUCGCACUCGAUAAAGUUCGGUUUUUGCCGUGUUCUUCGAAGACUAGAGUAAAUAGAUAG